AUGUUUUCUGCGAAGAUCUUUUGCCUGGUGCUGAGUGUGGUGGGCACAGUCUGGACCACAGAUGGCAAGGAAGGUGAAUUUAUAGCCGAAGGAGGAGGUGUGCGUGGCCCCAGGGUCGUGGAAAGACAGCAAUCUGCCUGCAAGGAGACAGACUGGCCCUUCUGUGCUGAUGAAGACUGGAACUACAAAUGCCCUUCUGGCUGCAGGAUGAAAGGGUUAAUUGAUGAAGUCAAUCAAGAUUUUACAAACAGAAUAAAUAAGCUCAAAAAUUCAUUAUUUGAUUAUCAGAAGAACAAUAAGGACUCUGGUUCAUUGACAGGGCAUGUAAUGGAACUCGUGAGAGGGGAUUUUGCCAGCACUAACAAUAAUGAUAAUACAUAUAGCCAAGUGUCAGAAGAUCUGAGAAGCAAAAUUGAAAUCCUGAGGCGCAAAGUCAUAGAACAAGUACAGCAAAUCCGCCUUUUACAGAAAAAUGUCAGGGAUCAGCUGGUAGAUAUGAAACGACUGGAGGUGGACAUUGAUAUUAAGAUCCGAUCUUGCCAAGGUUCAUGCAAUAGGGCUUUAGAACGUAGGACAGAUCUAAAGUACUAUGAAGAUCAGCAGAAGCAACUUGAACAAGUCAUUGCCAAAGACUUACUUCCACCUAAAGAUAGUCAAUACUUACCAUGGCUGAAAAUGACCACAUCUGCAAAUACGCUUCCUGGGGACUUCAAGAGCCAGCUUCAGCAGGUCCCUUUAGAGUGGAGGGUGCUCAUGGAAAUGCAACAGAUGAAAAUUACAUUAGAGGGGUCUGGUAAAGAUGGAAAUACCCGAGGAGACACUGCCUCUCAUGGACCAGGAUCAGUGCCUGAAAGCCCCAGGAACCCCGGGAGCUUCACACCGGGAAGUUCUAGCACUUGGAACCCUGGCAGCUCUGGGCCCGGAAGUUCUGGCACUUGGAACCCUGAGAGCACCGGGCCUGGCAGUGCCAGCUCUUGGAGCUCUGGGAGCACCGGGCCUGGGAGCACCGGGCCUGGCAGUGCCAGCUCUUGGAGCUCUGGGAGCACCGGGCCUGGGAGCACCGGGCCUGGCAGUGCCAGCUCUUGGAGCUCUGGGAGCACCGGGCCUGGGAGCACCGGGCCUGGCAGUGCCAGCUCUUGGAGCUCUGGCAGCACCGGGCCUGGGAGCACCGGGCCUGGGAGCACUGUGCCUGGCAGUGACGACACUUGGAGCUCUGGAAGUUCUGUGUCAAGCAGCAGCAGCAGCUCUUGGAGCUCUGGGAGCGUGGGGACUGGCAGUACUGGCCCUUGGAGACCUGGAAGUUCUGAGUCUGGAAGCUUUAGGCCAGAUAGCUUAGGGCAUGGGAACACCAGGCCUACCAACCCAGAGUGGGGCAAAUUUGAGGAGGUGUCAGGAAGUGUAACUCCAGGGACAAAGAAAGAGUACCACACAGGUAAACUGGUCAUAUCGAAAGGAGACAAAGAGCUUCUUAUUGGUAAUGAGAAGGUCACCUCUGGAAGUGCCACCACCACUCGUCGUUCAUGCUCUAAAACAGUCACUAAGACUAUUAUAGGUCCUGAUGGUCACAAAGAAAUGACCAAAGAAGUGGUAAACUCCGAAGAUGGUUCUGACUGUGCUGACUUACCCCAUACUUUUGCUGGUAGCCUAGAUGAUCUCCGUUUUAAGCACCCUGAUCUGGGGAGUUUCUUCAGCACUGCCUCAACUGGAAACACAUUUCCUGGUGGGCUUUUACCCUCGCACAGAGAGUUUGACAGUAGGACCCAGGCUGUGGGCUCAGAAUCGGACAUAUUCACACACUUAAGGGUACCUGAGUUCCCUUUCGGUGGUAAAACUUCAAGUCACAGCAAACAAUUUUCGAGCAGUAGCACAACUUACAACAGAGGAGACUCCACAUACGAAAGCAAGAGCUAUAAAGUGGCAGGUGAGGCCGGAAUUGAAGAGGAACAUGAAACCCUCAAAGGAGGAUAUACCACCAAAAGAGGCCAUGAUAAAGGUCGCUCUGCCAGAGACUGUGAUGAUGUCCUCCAAACACAUCCUUCAGGUACCCAAAGUGGUAUUUUCAAUAUCAAGCUACCGGGAUCCAGUAAGAUUUUUUCUGUUUAUUGUGAUCAAGAGACCAGUUUGGGAGGAUGGCUUUUGAUCCAGCAAAGAAUGGAUGGAUCACUGAAUUUUAACCGGACCUGGCAAGACUACAAGAAGGGUUUCGGCAGCCUGGAUGACAAGGGGGAAGGAGAAUUCUGGCUAGGCAAUGAAUACCUCCACUUACUAACCCUGAGGGGCUCUGUCCUUCGGGUUGAAUUAGAGGACUGGGCUGGAAACCAGGCUUAUGCAGAAUAUCACUUGAGGGUAGGUUCUGAGGCAGAAGGUUAUACCCUGCAGGUCUCUUCCUAUGAGGGCACAGCAGGUGAUGCUCUGAUUGAGGGUUCUGCAGAGGAAGGAACAGAGUAUACUUCUCACGCGGGCAUGCAGUUCAGCACCUAUGACAGGGAUGCAGACCAGUGGGAAGAGAACUGCGCAGAAGUCUACGGCGGAGGCUGGUGGUACAACAGCUGCCAAGCGGCCAAUCUCAAUGGCGUCUACUAUCCCGGGGGCUCUUAUGAUCCAAGGAACAACAGUCCUUAUGAGAUUGAGAACGGAGUGGUCUGGGUCCCCUUCAGGGGUGCAGAUUAUUCCCUCAGGACUGUUCGCAUGAAAAUCAGACCCCUGGUGACCCAAUAGGAGUGGAAGGGAGAGUAAUCUGUUUUCUUUGUUUAGUGAAGUGGAGAAAAAAGAUGAGGAAGAUAAAGGAGUUAAGAUUCUUUACAAUCUACUAAGAAAUUUACAGGUGCUAUUUUAUUAUUCUUUGUACUGUAUCUAAAUGUAACUGAGACAUAUUACUGCUUUAAAGAA